GAUGAGCACUGGGUGUUAUACGUAAGUGAUGAAUCAUUGGAUUCUACUCCUAAAGCCAAGACUACACUGUAUGUUAACUAAGUUGAGAAUAAAAAAAAAAAAAAAAAGAAAGAAACAGAAUCUUAAUUAUAGAGAACAAAGUGAUGGUUACUAGAGGGGAGAUGGGAGGGUUGGGUCAAAUAGGUGAUGGGGAUUAAGGAUUGCAAUUGUUAUAAGCAUCAGGUGAUAUAUGGAAUUGAUGAAUCACUAUACUGUACACCUGAAACUAAUAUAACACUAUGUUAACUUCACUGGAAAAAAUUUAAAAAAUAAAACAACAAAAUGCACCAUACAUUUUUGGAAGAAAUCACACGAAAUAGAAUGGAUAUGAACGUUUAUGUUCAUGAGGGCAAAAACCUGCAGUAGUAACACAAAUAGCAAGUUCACCUGCCUGUGAAGUAUAUUUCUAUUCUCAUGGAAAACAGAUGACAAAAUUACAAAACUGAAGAAGUGAUCAAAGGGUAUGCAACUAGGGGCAUAUGGGAACAUGCGGUUCAAGGGGCAAAAAGUUUCAGUUAUGCAAGAGAAGUCAAUUCUGGACAUCCAAGGUACAAUCAUGUAACUAUAGUUAACAAUAUUAUAUUGUAUACUUGAAAUUUGCUAAGAGGGGAGAUCUUAAGUUUUUUACCCAUCACCCCCAAAAAAGUAACUACGUGAGAUGAUGGACAAUGUUAAUUUCCUUGAUUGGGGUCAAUAUUUUACAAUGUAUACAUGUAUCAAAUUAUCAACUUGUCCACCUUAAAUAUAAACAAUUUUUAAUUGUCAACUAUAUCUAAAGUUGGAGGAAAAGGAUGUGUAGCUGAAAAAUUCUGGAAAAAUAGUACUAUUGAGAUGUGUCAGGCAGUUUAUUAAUACAUUUUCUUUUUUUAAUGCUUAUUUCAUUGUAGAGAGAGAGAGAGAGAGAAAGAACGUGCAGGGGAUGGGCAGAGAGAGAGAGAGGGAGACAGAGGAUCUAAAGCAGUCUCUAUGAGAACAGCAGAGAGCCCAACACGGGACUGGAACUCAGGAACUGUGAGAUCAUAAUCUGAGCUGAAGUCGGACACUUAACCGACUGAACCAUCCAGGAGCCCUAAAAUAUUUUCUUGAGGAUUUUUCUUUAAGUUUUGGUGUUUGUUGGCCUCUUAAGUUUUAUAGCUUGUUGUGAUAUAUUUCUCAUCAAAAACUAUUUUUUUUAAUGUUUAUUUUUGAGAGAGAGCACAAGCAGGGGAGGGGCAGAGAGAAGGGGACAGAGGAUCUGAAGCAAGCUCUGUGCAAACAGCAGAGAGCCGAUUCUGAGCUCAAACUCAUGAACAGCGAGAUCAUGAUCUGAGCCAAGGUUAGAUGCUUGCACAAAUGAGCCAUCCAGGCACCCCGCAUCUCUCAUUUUAAAUAAAUAUUUAUAUUUGUACAAAAACAAAACAAAAAAACAACAAGAGGUAAGAGGAGGAGAAAAACCAGAUAGUCUAGACAGGCAGGAUAACAUUAAGUGCAGUGUCUGUCAGCAAGAAACUAAUGAUCAGUCGUGGUAAGAAGAGAUGCCUCUUUCUGAGUAAGUGUGCUAGAGCCUGCUCAGGAGAGCUUAUAAUUAAUGCUCCCCUCUUAGCAACCUUGCCUUCAGUGACUUCACACUGAUACCUUAAAAUUGGCCAGGGUGGGAGUAUUUACACAUUGGAAAAUGACAAACACCACAAAUCCAGGCACUGUGUGCGUGCGUGUGUGUGUGUGUGCGCGCGCAUCCGCGAGCUGGUUUAGCUGCAUGCAAAUGACUUUCUAAAAGAGUGGUGGAUUACAAGGAGAAACUGGCAGUCCUCUCAGAUUUAUACUGUGGGAAGAUGAAGGAAGAUGAAGGAAGAUGAAGGCCCAGUGACUUAGAGCCUCUUUUCUGUGAAUUAACAAGAGACUUUGAUCAACUGCUUGCAGAAAAAUUGACAUUCCUCUAAAAGGACUUCUGCAGGUGGAGACUGAGCCUACCUAGUCUUGCAGGAGAAAGGAAAUAAAGGGAAUUAUUAAUGCAAAUGUAAGGAAAGUCAAGCUCAAAUAGACCCCCAAGGGCUUAAUCUGCAUGCAUUUCUUCUCUCAUUUUCAUUUGUUUGUUAGCAUGGGAAAAACAAUGUCCCCAGACGAAAGGAUUUUGAAGGUUUGUAUGCUGGUCUUUGAAGAAAAAGGUUACAAGAAGGCAAGAGAGUUUAAAGACAUGGGGAAAGACUUAACUCUGGCAUCAAGGACAAAGAAGAAAUAUAGCACAGCUAAGAAUACUUUAAUAGUUUAAGUAAAAUAUUAAAUGAUGUGGCAUAAAAAUAUUAAGUUCUAUAAAUGCCUAGUUGUUACUCAGAAUUUAGUCUGCAAUAAUUCAGUCUUCAAAAAGAUAACUUUCUGAGGUAAAGUCAUUUUUCUUUUCUAGACAAAAUAACUUUUACAAGUUAUUUCUCUAGAUGCUACCUAUGAGCACUCAUUAGCUGCCUUGACUCUCAGGGUGAAUUCUUUCAGUUUGGCGAUUGGUUCCUCAGCUGCAGACACAUUCUUGUUCCCUUCAUCUAAGUGGAAACUUUGAAAGUUAUGUAGUUUUUGAAACAAGAUGGAAUUCUUUCAAGUUUGUAUUUUAGGACACUUAAGAACUUGGAUUUGACUUCCAGGAUGGUUAUACAAAAAGUAAAAGAUCAAGUGCUCACAAGGUUAAAUUUCAGGAAAGCCCUCUUGGAUGCAAGACAAAGGCGGGGUGUAAAACGAAAACAAAAGUAGCUUGAGUUAAAGAGGUCAUUUGAUUUUAGUCUUCACUCAAGACUGCUCCUCUCUGCCCACUGAAACAGAUUGGAGCCAUGGCUUUGGAACACAACCAGUCAACAGAUUACUAUUAUGAGGAAAAUGAAGUGAAUGGCACUCAUGACUAUAGUCAGUAUGAAGUGAUCUGUAUAAAAGAAGAAGUCAGAAAAUUUGCAAAAGUCUUCCUGCCUGCCUUCUUCACAAUAGCUUUCAUCAUUGGAAUUGCAGGCAAUUCCAUAGUAGUGGCGAUUUAUGCCUAUUACAAGAAACAGAGAACCAAAACAGAUGUGUACAUCCUGAAUUUGGCAGUGGCAGAUUUACUCCUUCUAUUUACUCUGCCUUUUUGGGCAGUUAAUGCAGUUCAUGGGUGGGUUUUAGGGAGAAUCAUGUGCAAAGUCACUUCAGCCUUGUACACUGUCAAUUUCGUCUCUGGAAUGCAGUUUCUGGCUUGUAUCAGUGUAGACAGAUAUUGGGCAGUAACGAAAGCCCCAAGUCAAUCAGGAGUGGGGAAACCAUGCUGGCUUAUCUGUUUCUUUGUCUGGAUGGUUGCCAUCUUGCUGAGUAUACCACAGCUGGUUUUUUAUACAGUAAAUCACAAGGCUAGGUGCAUUCCCAUCUUUCCAUAUCACCUAGGAACAUCAGUGAAAGCAUCAAUUCAAAUGUUGGAAAUCUGCAUUGGAUUUGUAAUACCUUUUCUUAUUAUGGGAGUAUGCUACUUUGUCACAGCAAGGACACUCAUCAGGAUGCCCAACAUUAAAAAAUCUCGACCCCUCAAAGUUCUGCUCACGGUGGUUAUAGUUUUCAUUGUCACUCAGCUGCCUUAUAACAUUGUCAGGUUCUGCCAAGUCAUAGACAUCAUCUACUCCCUGAUCACUGACUGUGACAUGAGCAAACGCAUGGAUGUUGCCAUCCAAAUCACAGAGAGCAUCGCACUCUUUCACAGCUGCCUCAACCCAGUCCUGUACGUUUUUAUGGGAGCAUCGUUUAAAAACUACAUCAUGAAAGUUGCCAAGAAAUAUGGGUCCUGGAGAAGACAAAGACAAAACGUGGACGAGAUUCCUUUUGACUCAGAAGAUCCUACAGAGCCAACCAGUACUUUUAGCAUUUAAAUGUAAAACUGUCUCUUGCUCCGAUUCACAUGAAUGAUGCUUCUCCCCAGAGAGAACAUCUGCUUUAUUCUGAAACUUAAAUGUUAAACACUGUGGUGCCAACUUAUAACAAUCAAAAGGUGGGGGAGGAUGGGAGAAUGUAGCAGCCAGGAAGAAGAGGAAAUGAAAUCACAAGUGCACAAAACAUGAACUUAACAUUAACAAUAUAGGAAAAUAGUAUUAACAGAUAUUAAUAAUGAAAACACCAUGCUAUAAAUUAGGCCAUCUGAAACAGAUUAAUACAGAGGCUUAUAUAAAGGAGUAUUUAUAAUUAUUUUAAAUGAUUUAAAUUUUAAUAUAAGAAUGACUUCACUGCAUAAUUUCAGUACUUGAAUAACUAUACAGCAAAAUUUAAUCCUUUUUUCCCAUUUCGUAGUUUGUGAUUUUGUAAGACCCCAGACAGAAUAACAAUUUAACAAUAAAAAAAUACAUAAAAAGC